CAUGGACUGUUUUUUCCACUGAGAGGCAGAGAUGAAACGAUGAGAAGGAAGACAUGGCUUCCCCUGAGAGGAAAGCUGGAGAGGAAGAGGUGCCUGCAACAGCAGGAGAGAACACUGUAGAUAAGGCUGAGGAGGAUGCAGAAUCAGGCCAUGUUGAGGCAGAAACGGAAAGUGAGGAAGACCUCCCGACCAUCGAGACCCCCACAAUUUUAAACGUGAGCCCCUUCAGCAGUCCAAAAGGCUUCAGACCUCCCAACCUCUUUGACCCCAACACCCAGGACCCCCAUGUGCCUAUUGGCUGGCCAGACAACACAUCUGCCCCUCUCCCAAUCUACAAAAUACACUCUAUCCAGAACCCACACAGCUCCAGAAUGUCUGUCAUCAAAGUGCAGCCCUUCAUCCAUGGUAUGUAGAAAGACCUAUCAGACUCUAGCUCUCUGUGCUGGCCAUAUAUACCACGCAGGUUGUUGGCUCUGCUGAUAACUGUUGGUGUGUUAGUAGCAGUGAGUGUGAUUCUAGCCAUUGGUCUGGGAGUGGGCCUGAGCUGCUCUGGAAAAUUUCACUGUUUGUCUUCAGCUCAGUGUAUCAAGACGUCUGCUCUCUGUGAUGGAGUCAAAGACUGUGGCCAGGGAGAGGACGAACUCAACUGUGUGAGGCUAAGUGGAAAGCACUCUGUCCUGCAGAUCCGCAGUAAUGGUGUAUGGAGGACAGUGUGCUGGGAGAACUGGAGCUCUACUCUGGGGUUUUCUGCCUGCAAACAGCUCGGCUACAACAGCUAUGUGAAUUCCUCUUCAAUCCCCCUCUCUUCUGUGGAGUCAGUCUUUCAGAAGAAGAUAGUGACACUCAACAGUCACUUUUCAACCCUUCAGUCAUCCUUUAAAGUCCACAACCCCACCUACCUCAGGAAUGUUCAGUGCAGGUCUGGGCUGGUCACAGUGCUAAAAUGUAUAGAGUGUGGUACCAGACCUGGUCUGAGGAGCCGCAUUGUGGGGGGAAAUGUAGCUGUCCCUGGUCAGCACCCCUGGCAGGUCAGCUUACAGUACCAGAACCAGUACUUGUGUGGAGGAUCGCUGAUAACCCACCAGUGGAUAGUCACUGCUGCACACUGUGUAUACGGAUUUGCUAAUCCAUCUUUAUGGUCAGUGCGUGUGGGCCUCAUAGACCAGCCUGUGAGUGGGGCAAGUGAUCUUUCUGUGGCGAAGAUCCUCUACCAUGGCUCAUAUCACCCAGAGGGCCUUCGCUAUGAUAUCGCGCUUAUCCAGCUAACACAGCCACUCACGUUCAGUGGUCAGGUGCAGCCCAUCUGCCUGCCUAACUACGGUGAAACCUUUACACCUGGAUCCAUGUGCUGGAUAUCAGGCUGGGGGGCCACAGAGAGUGGAGGAGAGGUGAGUGUGUCCCUGCACUCGGCACAGGUUCCUCUCCUCCCCACUAGAGAUUGCAGAAAGACUGGGCUCUCACCAUGGAACAUCUGUGCUGGAUAUCUGAAGGAAGGAGCUGACACAUGCCAGGGGGACAGUGGUGGGCCACUGGCUUGUGGGGGCUCGGUGUGGAAAUUGGUGGGAGCAGCAAGCUGGUCUCAGGGCUGUGGAAAGCUCAACAACCCAGGGAUUUUCACCAGUGUAGCUUAUGCGCUACCAUGGAUACACCAAAACUUGGAGAAAGAAGAGGAACAAACAAUCUGAGUAUCAUUCAAGGCUGGCUGGGUUGUAUUUCUACCAGACUAGAGGUGGGAUUGUGCCACUUUUUAGACUGAGGAAAUUCACCUCUUGAACUUUGUUCUGUGGAAAACCAAACAGCAAAUCACACUUU